AUGCCUCCACCAGCUGGAAUACGGGUGAUGAGCAAAGCAACUAAACACAAAACACCUGACAAACAUCCAUGGCAUGCUUUUACAGUCGAUGGGGAAGAUACAUUUAGGUACCGUUAACUAUUGCAGAGUGUUACUUUUUGACCUCUAUUUAAAAGUUUUGGGCAAAAAAAAUUUUUUUAAUGUGAGAGGGGUGGGGUAAAACUUACUUACUCGACCUCAAAAAAUAUGUACUUCUUUACAGUUUCUCCGGCAUUCACAUCCUCCGUCAUGGCUGGGGGUACGGUGGUAACACGGCAUCUCUUGCUUUAUAUGCGGCUUUCAAGACUGUUCCUUCCAAUAUGAUCUUUUCUAGUUUCCAUUCUCAAUUCAUACGACCGGUCACAAAGUCGACAGUAAAAGUGGUUGUGGAACGAUGUAAAGAUGGUGUAGCUGAAGUUUUGCGGCUGGUAAAGUUGUUUUGUGAUGACAAAUUGGCAUAUACCAUGGAUUGUCGCUUCUGUGUGGGAGGUAUGGUAAGUUUAAGUUUAGGAGGAAUUUUUUGAAAAAAGUAAAAUUUUUCUAAAAAAAUUCUUUGAAUGUUAAACAUGGUCCCUUGCCAACUUAAAAAAAAAUCCACCCCCUUAAUAAAAAAAAUUUAAUUUAGAAUUUCAAAAGCGCGCCAAAAACACCAACCAAAAUGCCACAAGUCUGUGCUCCUGAACAGUGUCAAACCAGCUUCGAAGUUCUCCAAGAUUACAUGAAAUCUGGUGGAGAUAUGACAAAUGUCAGGAAUAUCACCUUCCCCGAUGAUCAGCCUCAUAUUGAUCAUCGUCUACCUGAAGGAGUCAAUGGGAUUAUUGGUUACAGUGAGGAACGUUAUGAACAAACCAUAUGGUCACGGUACAAGUUGAGCAAUUGUAAGGAUAGUAGGAUAUUUUAUUGUCUUUCUAAUAAGUCUGUGCUUUCUAACCUCAUUUGCUUUGAGAGGGGCACAGAAUUAUUUUAACAAUCUAGUAUAAUCAAGUAGAGUAAAGUGGUGCGAGGGAGAGCUGUAAAAAACGCUUUUAGAGGGGAGGAGGAGUGGAAGGUGGCCAAAGUCAACUUAAGAUUGGCAUGGACAAGGUGGAGCUUAGUGAGCAAAACAUUUUUUUUUUAAUUUCCAAAAAAGUAUGUCAUGAUCUUCGAAAAAUACGUCAUAAAACUUAAAAAAUAUGUCAUAAAUUUCAAUUCAGAUGACAGCGAUCGAAACUUUAGUGAAUUGAUAGUGACCAACCUCUCCGACCUUGGUAUGUGUUAUGCUGCAGCCUUAAUGUUUCCCAAUGAAUCCUUCAGUCGUAUCGCUUCUUUAUCAUUGUCAAUUUGGUUUCACUGUACAGAGUAAGUCAGUAUUAAUAAGCAGGAAGUGACAAACAUAUUAGUUUUCAAAUGUUUUAACCUGGUCGUCACUUUUUUUAGUUUUUUGGCCGAAGACUUCCUCCUUCAACGACAUGUUGUGGUGGGCCAUAACCACAAUCGUUCCUUGAUUUCUGGUCAAAUUUGGUCUCGUAACGGUAAACUAAUAGCUACAACGAUGCAAGAAGCCAUCGUAGAACCUGAGAGUAUAACCAAAGCAAAAUAUUAA